CAUCAUUUGACUUAAUCUUCAAAAAAACAUAAAACACACAAGGUUCGUAAGAAAUUGUCAUAAGAUUUGGUAUAUUUAUACAAUUUAAUUAUACGACAAGUGUAAUCUGUUCUAACUUUAACUAAAAUGGGCACAGUAGAAUGACAAUUUUCAGUUAUCAGGUGACACUUGUUGUAUGCAUUUAUACACACAGUGACCUUGACGAAUCGACCAAUCAUUGAUGAACUGUGAAUUUAAUUCCUAAGUAUAUUUUGGCACCUAAACAGAGAGUUAUUUUAUCACGAAAAAAUGCUGAAGUCGAUUGCAACUCCUUAUUUACCGAUUCAUGAUGAUGGGACAGCCAAACGUUUGUAUAAUCACUUCAAUUUUCUGGGUAUACCUGUUAACAAAGGACAACCAAAAAAUGGCACAUAUCAGGGACCAGAGUUUAUUCGAAAAUCUGAUUUCUUCGAACGUGUUGCUCAAGAUGGAAUAAAACUUACUGACUGCGGUGAUGUGAAACCUAUUGAAUUAACUGAAAUAGAAGAUCCCCAACGCUUUGGAAUGAAAUGGUCGCGGAGUUUUACAUCGACCACUCUUAAAAUAGCUGGACGUGUAGAGGAGAUAUUGACAGAGUCAACCAAGCAAACUCACUCAACUGGAUUGAAACCUUCUCCACUAGUAAUUGUUGGCGGUGAUCACAGUAUGGCUACAGGUACAAUACUUGGACAUGCAAAAGUCAAGCCAGACGUUUGUGUAAUAUGGGUUGAUGCUCAUGGCGACAUAAAUACACCUUUAAACUCUGGUACUGGAAAUCUUCAUGGAAUGCCUUUAGGUUUCCUCGUAAAUGAACUACAACAUGAAGUGCCCUGGUUUGAGGAUAUUGAAGGUGUUGAGCCAUGCCUUAAAGCAAGUGAUAUUGCUUAUAUUGGUUUACGUGAUCUAGAUGAUCAUGAAACAUAUAAUAUCAGAAAGUAUGGGAUUGCACACUUCACAAUGGUUGAUGUUGAUCAACUAGGAAUAGAAACUGUCAUUAAACAGGCAUUAAAAGCAGUAAAUCCAAGAUUAGACAGACCCAUUCACUUAAGCUUUGAUAUUGAUGCUUUGGAUCCUUCCGUUGCUCCAAGCACAGGUACAGCUGUUCCCGGUGGAUUGUCAUUACGUGAAGGUCUAAGAAUAUGUGAAGAAAUUUCAGCAACAGGACAAUUAUCUGUUGUUGAAAUGGCUGAAUUAAAUCCUUUACUGGGAUCUAAAGAAGAUGUUGAAAAAACUCAACAAACUGCUGUUUGUAUUCUAACAGCAUGCCUAGGACAUUGUCGUUCUGGUCAUUUACCAGUCAAAGUGAACAAGUUAGCUGAUAAAGGUAUUGUUAGUCGAGCUGAACAUAUGUGAAUAGUAGACUGAUAUUUUCUCUUUUCUCUAGUACAAAUGAAUUACAGGAACUCAGUUGCUUUGAACAAAAGUCAUGUGAUUGUUUUUAUCAAUCUUGUUCAAUCAUUCAAUUGAUCAUUUUUCAAGCAUCUAUUAGAUAAAGAAUGUUAUGUGUGAUGCGAAACUUUACCUUUCAAAUAUUAAGUUAUUUAUGAUGUUUAAAAAAAAAAUCUUAAUCCUAUUGUCACACAGUAUUGAAAUAAAGAGGUACAUUCAAUUUGAA